AUGCUGGUUGCCAAGUCGAGUCAACACGAAACCCGCCACUUGAUCGAUCAGUUGCGUGCCGUGGGGUUGGACAAGUACAUUGAGCUGCCCCAAAUUGCCGUCAUGGGGGACACCUCGAGCGGCAAGUCCUCCGUCCUGUCAGCGCUGUCUGGCAUUACGUUUCCGUCGUCAGGAAACCUCACGACGCGGUGCCCCACGCAGCUCAUCCUAACUCAAUCCAAGAAGUUUUCUGGAACUGUUCGAUUGCUACGGUUUGAUCCUGCCGUCGAGUCGCUGCCUCCCACACCCAUUCACUCGAUUGACGAAGUCACAACGUACAUAGAGAGCAUCACCCAACAACUCGUGGAUGAAGGACAGUCCAUCAGCGACGACGCCAUCGAGAUCAAGUUGCACGGCCCCGACUUUCCAGACCUGACGUUGACUGAUUUGCCGGGGUUGGUGCGGUCGGUGGGCGACCACGAAGACAAGGCGAUGAUUUCUCGCGUGGACAAGCUCGUGCAUCGGUACUUGGUGCAAGAUCGAACCGUCAUCUUGGCCGUCGUGCCUGCGAACGUGGACAUGCACAACACGGCCAUCAUCCAAGCGGCGGAAGAAGCCGACCCGGACGGCGUUCGAACGAUUUCGAUCAUUACCAAGCCCGAUUUGAUUGACCAGGGCGCUGAAGAUGCCGUGGUGGACUUGCUCCUGAAUCGAACCAAGUACCGCCGAUUGGGGUACCACGUCGUGAAAUGUCGCGGCCAAAAAGCGCUCAACAACAACGAGUCGAUUCAACAAGGGCGGGAUAACGAAGCCGCGUUCUUUGACUCGCAUGCUGUGUGGUCCACAGUAGACAAGUCAUUGUGUGGCACGGGUCGGUUGGCGGAGAAAUUGACGAGAUUACUCAUGGACACGGUAUGCAAGGCGUUGCCAAAGGUCGUGGCUGAAAUCGACGUGCAAUUAGCUGCUUGCAAGGACAAGCUGGCGAUUCUCGGGGAGCCCAUGAGUACCCCAGCAGUGCGUCGCGCGACGUUUAUGAAGAAUGUGCGCUUGGUGUUGGAUCGGUUGGAAGGCGGAGUGAGUGGGAAUUACAACGACACGUUGUUUGAAGACACUGAACAGAACAACCGGCUGCGUGCUCAGCUUCGGACGGCCGAGUCGGAAUUCCAAGCCGCGAUUGAGGAGCUUUCCGUCGUUCAUGCUGCCACCGUCGAUACAUCGACGCGGGAGGUGGUGGUGGGGGACUUUGUGGAAGUUUCCAUAGACGGUGAUGUCGAGUGGGAAGUGGACCAAGUGACAGAUGUGGAUGGGCCGACCAUCGUGAAGACUGCCAAGUGGCGAUUUCUGCCCGAGUUGGAUCUAUCCGACCUGAAACACCUGAUGACGUCCAACCGGGGCGACGAACUGCCUAUUUUUCUGUCCUACUCGACCUUUGCAAACGUCGUGCGGCAACGCUACGUGAGCAAGUGGCGAAGUCCGAUGCUGCAAUUGUUUGAAACGUACCAAACGUUGCUGCGCAAGUUUGCGACGCGGGUGAUUCACUCGACAAAAUGCAAACCCAAGCUGGAACAGCACUUGAAACAAGUCGCCUACACCAUCUUGGAGCACCUGUCGAACGUCGCCAUGGUCGAAUUGGACAAGAUCAUGGAAACGGAAAGUCGCCCGUAUACGCUGAACCAGCAACUCAGUCAAGUGUUGAUGCGGUUGAGAACGCAGCCACUGAUCGACGGACUCGACGCGCUUUCUCGGAACAACGACGCCAACACUGUCCAAGCUGGCGCGGUGAAGGCGUUGCUGCAAAGCCACACUGGGAUUGGAAAAAACACGAACGAAGACCAACAGGCAAAGGAAUUGCACUUGGCCAUUGUCGCGUAUAUGACGGUAGCGUCAAAGCGCUUCGUGGACGAGAUUCCCAUGCUCUUGAACACCAAGUACAUCCGGCCGUUCUUGUCGGCCAUGUUUAACGAGACGUCGGAAACGCCGGACGGAGUGCUGGACCGUGUGCUCAUGGACAACAUGGCGGACGUCGAGCGAUACCAGACCUUGGCGAACCAGCUCAAGUCUCUUGAAGCGGCGAAAACCCUCAUCAACGCCCACUGA